UCAAAAUACUAGCAAAUUUAAUUUUCCUAAUCUAGUUGCAUUUAUUGUAAAUUCGAAAAAUUUAAAUCAAAACUAACUUUUCAUUGACCAGGCAUGGGCGAACCGAAACCCCAUUCUUCAAAGCGCGAGCGACCAAGCCGCCUUCACACCUUUAAAUUUACCGGUGAAAGUUUCGACGAAAGGUUAAGUUCAUCCGUCAAAAAUAGAACACCCCGCGCUUUUCUUGCCACCCCCGAUAGAUUGGAGGAGUUAGCCGCGAACGUUGUGGAUAAAAUGAAGAUCCCUUCAGAAAUAUUUUGGACAAAGAGAUGUGUACAAAAUUUCAUUUCAACGCUAGGAUUUCUCACGUACCCGAAUGCCUUUGUCGAAAAUAUGGUUACUGGGCGAGCCCUCGUUAUAGUAGACGCCGCAGCAUUAGUCAAAAUGAACAUUCAAGAUUUCGAUGACAUCAAGACCAUAACAAAGGCAGUUCGUGAACUAUAUGAAAUAGAAAAUAUUCAGUAUCAGAGAUGCGUAGCAUUACCUCCUCGUUAUCCACUAACGCAUUGGAAAUUUUAUGUGCGACUCACUGGACCCAAAUACCAAAACUGUCGACCAUCUGACCUUUUUAGAAAAAUGGCGUUAAUUAACGAGUUGCCAAAAAACGAAAGCCAUUGGACACAACUUGAAAACUACCUUAAGCAUAAGCACAGGAAGGAUAUUGUCCGAGUAGGUUAUACACCUCGCUACAGACUAUACACCGGUGACAGGCCUUAUCUUAAAAAGUAUACUAGAUCUGAUACUGAAGUGGAAUGUAACUGCAUGCCCCCAUGCGAAUGUAGAUGGACAGAACCACAAUUGCGAAAACCUUGGGUUCUAAGUUGUUUGUCCAAACUUAAUAAAUUGGAAUUUUCAGGCGAGACUUCAAUAAUUCCUACACAGUGAUCAAAUUCAAUGGGUUUUCUAUAUGUUUUUGUGUGAGAAUAUUUUUAGUCUAUUACUACAAUAGCUAGGCUACAUAUGUGCAUAUGUGCGCUUAAGAUUAUGUUGAUCCUAUGUGAAUGUAUCCUUAGAUGUC